GGCACUAGCAAGAGCUGAAUAAUUUUGUGUGUUUACAAUUGCAUUGUUAUUGAAGGAAACCAAAUAUAUAAAUUGUAUCAUUAUGAAUCCAUGUGCAUUGAUUUUAUCAUAUGGAAAACUGUCUGCAAUGGAAAUGGUUGAAAAUAUAUUAACUGAAAUGAAGCAACCUAAAUUAAUAACGCCAAUAACAUAUGAAGCUGAAGUUAUAAAUCAUUAUAAAUGUGAUAUUAGAACUAAAUAUUACACUACGAGUAUAUAUUUAAUCCCUUUCGAUGGGAAGAUCGAUAGAGUUCCAACUGAAUUAAAAAAUAUAAUAGAAGCUUUAAUUAUCUAUUUUGAUCCAUUUGAUAGAACUUUCAUAAACAGCCUCUCGGCCAUUAACGACUUUUUAAUAUCCAACAAAAUUGAGUUGGGAUUUUUAAUAACAACUGUAUUAUCGGAUAAGCCAAAUGAAUUAACAUUUGAAGAACUGAAAGAAAAUGCAAAUGUAGUUUUUGAUAUAAUAACACUGAAAGAAGAUGGAGAGGAAGACUCAGAGGAACCAGACAAAUAUUCAGAAAUUGUGGAAGGCUUAGAAAAUUUUGUGUGGUCUAACAUAAAAACAAAACCAUCUUCCUCUUCGAAUCGAAAGCAAUCAAAUAGUGCCGAACAGCUGGAAAGCGAGCUAAAUGAUUUUGAAAAACUAUUAAUUACAGCGCAAAAUUUGCGUAGUGAUACACAUUUAACAAGAGACGAAAUAUUAAAUAAAGCGGAAGAAUUAGCGGAGGUUAUGUCAGCAAUUUUAAAUGAUAAUGAUAGUGAUUAAUUUAAAUAAAUACGCUAUUACCAAA